UCCCUGUGGCUGGCCUUGCCCCAGCUGCCCAGCCUUGUUCUCUGCCUAGAGGGGCAGAGAGAAGAGGGACCAUGAAACUGUCCCCAGCCCCAGCAAACAAGCUUGUCCCACCUGCCAUGGUCAUUGCACAGGUGGAGAAACUGAGACCCCUGAGAGCAGGCCCCAGUCACAUGUUCAGCACCAUGCCCUCUGAGUCUCCAGCAGAUCCCUGGACUAUGACCGCCCCCAACACCACCACAGUGGCAGCAUGGACCAACGCCAGCGUGCCAGAGGAGGCCCUGUUUUACCUGUUCGCCCGGCUGGACGAGGAACUGUACAGCACCUUCCCAGGCCUGUGGCUGGCACUGAUGGUCGUGCACAGUGUCAUUUUUCUAGUGGGGCUGGUGCUCAACGGGCUGGCGCUGUAUGUAUUCUGUUGCCGCACCCAAGCCAAGACACCUUCAGUUAUCUAUACCAUCAACCUGGUGGUCACUGACCUGCUGGUGGGCCUGUCCCUGCCCACACGCUUCGUGGUCUUCUAUAGUGCACGCGGCUGCCUCCGCUGUGCCUUUCCCCAUGUCCUUGGUUACUUCCUUAACAUGCACUGCUCCAUCCUCUUCCUCACCUGCAUAUGUGUGGACCGCUACCUGGCCAUAGUACAGCCUGAUGGUUCCCGCCGCUGGCGCCAGCCAGCCUGCGCCAGGGCUGUGUGCACUUUUGUGUGGCUGGCAGCUGGUGCUGUGACCCUGUCAGUGCUGGGAGUGACGACUGGAGGGCAGCCUUGCUGCCGUAUCUUUGCACUGACCGUCCUGGAGUUCCUGCUGCCACUGCUGGUCAUCAGUGUGUUCACGGGCCGCAUUGUAUGUGCACUGUCACGGCCUGGCCUGCUGCGCCAGGGCCGCCAGCGCCGAGUGCGGGCCAUGCAGCUGCUGCUCACGGUGCUCGUGAUCUUCCUCGUAUGCUUCACUCCCUUCCAUGCCCGCCAGGUGGCCAUAGCACUGUGGCCCAACCUGCCUCACCACUCAAGCCUUGUGAUCUACCAUGUGGCUGUGACCCUCAGCAGCCUCAACAGCUGCAUGGACCCCAUCGUCUAUUGCUUCGUCACCAGCAGCUUCCAGGCUACCGUUCGAGGCCUCUUCCACAGGCAUGGAGCAGAGUAUGAGACCAGUGGCAACAUGGUUGUCAUGCAAAAGAGCUCCAAGGGCUUAGUCCCCCAUCACAUCUUUAGUGCUGGGCCACGGGCUCUUGCCCAGGCCCUGGCUAAUGGACCUGAGCCUUAGGCAACAGUAUCCACAAGGAGCCAAAGGUCAGAGCCAUGAGCAGUUGGCCAGCUAGACACUGGCUUCUGAGCAGGGGCAACUAACUGGUUUCAUCCUGAUCGAUGGCUCCUGAGUCCAGUGUGCUAAGAUUCUAAGACUACUGUGCUGUGGUCAAUUAGUGAUGUCUUCCAAGGCACAAGAUGGGGUGUAAUGGUCUCAAUGCCAGUUACCUGUCAUCCAUGGAGGAACACUGUGUCCACUGAAAAUUUAGAAUGGUAGUCAGGAGCUGGUCCUUACUUGGGCCAUCCUGUCCCCAGAAAGAAGAGCUCAGACAAAGCAACCAAGAUGAUUUAGGUACUGGAGUGCCCAGGAGAGUUCAAAACAAAACCUGCAGAAAACUAUAUACACACAGGUGGAUAACAAAGACAGAAUUAUCAUGGACACAGUGCUGCAUGCAAGGAGGGAAGAGACUCAACUCUGCCAGGUGCCCCGCCAGCCCCAGGCAUCGCUCAGUUACCCAGGAAGAUGCUCACAGGGGCUGGGCCAUGAACUCAGCCUUGGCUUUCUGGACUGACACUGGAUUUACAGCCAUCCCUCAAAGGGGAGAAGAUUCCCGUCCACUGCUUGAUGCUGGGUAGGGGUCAGUGACAUGCGCAGGUGCCAAUGCUGGGCAAUGGCAGAGUCAGAAUCCAGAAUCAGAAUCGUAACCCAGCCCCACUGCCUCUGAUGCCCCAGCUCCUCCUUCAUGGAUAUUCUCAGAGCUUCCCAAAAUCUCCACCCUGGAGAGAACUCAGAACACCCUGACUGCUGGGAGGACACCAGAGUCCACAUCUUGCUGGACAAGGAAAAAGGAAACAAAGGUACACGGACACUCAAACUUGACCUACCAGCUGAGAGCCACCAUAUUCCCUUUACUGUUUUCUCCAAGAAUACCAGCAACUGGCCCAGAUGAUCUGAUCUGGGUCAACAUGUCUCGAAAUACCUUCAAUGGGAAGACAUUUUUCUGGCAUGGAUCUUUGACUGCCUCUUCUGGGCUGGACUCCAGGAUUUCCUUGAGUGUUUUCCAUGGAGGAUCAGAACCCCAGGGGCCUCUCCAGACUGGUAGGGGUUGGGGUGAACAAGAGGCAUUCUGGGCAUCUCUACCCUUGAACUUGGCCACUGAAGCAGGUGAGAUGGAACCAGGCCCCAGACUGGGCCCUGGUCUCCUGAGAAAAGGAUUCCAUGCUCAUCUGGCUAGUUCCCUGUGUGGCUGGGAGUGGGAAGUGUGGGAAGUCAGAUCCCAGCAAAGUUCCCAUCUCCAAAUUCAGGGUCCCAGAGAAGGGUAGGGUGGGAAGCAAGAAGGCUUUUAUACCCCAUUUUAUAGACAAGGAUACUGAGGUUUAGAGGAGACAGGUUUUGCCAAGGUAACAGUCAGAGUACCUGGCCUUCCAAGACAACACUGUUCCCACUGACCCUGACUGGGGCCCUCUGGCUUAAGGACUUUGUGAGGUGACCAGGUGGGAGGAUGUGAACUCAUAGUCUCCCAGUUGAGAUGCCAGCCAGGAUACAGAGGAGCCAGGACUCUGGUGGGAUGACUUCCUGGCCUAGCUGCCUAAGAAGCAAUGGGCAUGGUUAUCAUCAUCAUCGUCCUGAUGCUCGCUGGAUGCAGCCCCAGCCACCUGCUCCAAGGCAUCUCAUUCCAACCCAGAGCUCCACAGGACAGGGGGAUCCUAGCUCUUGGGCCAGUGGGUAGCUGGGCUAGGUCAUCUACAGAAAAGUGCUGCUGGCUGGGGAGUCCCUGUAUUGUGGGCUCUGACAGAGUGCCUUUGAGCCACCCCUAGCAGGCAUUCACCCAACCAGAGGAGAGAGAAAGUAGGGGUCAAGUGGUGGGCCUCUGCAUGGCUGAUACUUCCCGUGUCCCCAGCAUUGUCAUUCAGGGUCAGGGGUGCUGGACUCCAUUUAUUUUCAUGCUCCAUCUCAGGGGUCCUUCGUGGUCCCAGAUUCUGCAGUGGGUUUCUUGGUGCCCACCUAAGUCAUGUGACCUGGGUCAUGAGACCCCAACCUUGAUUACCCCACGAUACCAUGAGGACCCCUCACUGGGCAUGGCUGUGGGGAGCCAGAGGUUGGUGGGAAGGAAUGGUCAGAUGGGAGAACAACCUGGGCCAAGGUGGGCGAGGUCUACCUCCCUGGGGGCUAGGAAAGGGACCACACCAGCCCACUUAAUUUGCCACAUGAGUUUGUGGCCCCCUUUCUCUCAUAGCCCAUCCUCCCUCUUAUGCCAGUGCUCUGGGCCCCAUUGGCCCCCUGCUGUUCUUCCUGUUUUUUUUUUUUUCCACCCUUUUCACAGCCGCCCCAAUCUUAUUCCCUCUCUGGUUAUCACUCUCAUUUACACUAAUCAAUGAACAGCUGACAUUAGCGGACUGCUCUGAUUAGAGUUGGAAGGGGUUUGAUUUUUCCAGAAUAGCCUCUUUUAGGAGGAGGAAGUCGCUGAUAUGUAUGAGCUAAAUCCUUCUCAUGUCCCCACAUCUGAAAUGCAUCCACUCAGUCUGGGGUUCUUGGGGCCUUGCAGGUUCUCAGACUGCAAGAGUCUGGAAUGUGCCAGCGGAGAGGAUAGUUCCCACUGCAGUUCACAGGACAGGCUACCUGCCUUCUGGGGUCAAAGGGCAAGGCCUCAGGCCAUCCUCACCAUCCUCGGACCUCUGACUGCUCAGAUAGUCCUGAGUUUGCAAACUUGAUAGGCUGGCCUCAGUUUCCCCAUUCCCUAUGCUUCUCCAGAGCCUGGCAGGUCCAGCCAUGCCUGUCCUUGGUUGCUCAGGCCAGGCAAGGAGGUCUGUGUGUCCCCCAAUGCGUGCUCCAUUCCUGGAUUUUCAGAGAGCCAGAACGAUGUGAAAUGGUGUAUUUAUAUCUGAUGUAAACACUCCCCAUAAGGAGAAAUACUCGUCCUGAAUUAACGCUGUUUAUGCCCUGUGCCCACAACUUGGCUCCCAGUCUGUUAGGCAGGGGUCAGUGUGGGGUACCAAGCUGGGGGGCCUGGGUGCCACCCUCUCUGUCUACCCAGUGUUCCGCAGAAUGUUGUUCCUCCUCAAUCCUAGUCCCAAGCUGACCAACCAAGGGAAGGGACACAGAGGUGGGGCAGGCACCCAGUGCCCAUGAUGACCAGUCAGAUCCCCAAGAGGUCUGGUCUGGGAGGAGGAGCAGCCCCCAAAUGGGCCUCUUAAGUGCUGUGAGUCAUCAGGCUGUCACCAUUUCACAGAUGGAAACACAGAAUUCAGAGCUGGCACUAGAGGGCUCCACUCGGGCCUCCUGGUGUCCAGCUCCAGUCCCGCGCACAGCUAGCUCUGGCCUCAGCAGGGAAGCGCUGGGUGGGGUGGCUGCACGCACUCAUCACUCUCCCUGUCUGGCACCGCGGAGGCCGGAGGCGUCUGCCGGUAAAUAUUAGGCCUUGUUUAGAUUAAACACCAUUAAUAGCAGGAAAUAUCACCUUGGGCGCCCACCCUGGCUUCCUGGAGGCCUGGACACCAAGGCAGGGCUGGAGCCUGUCAAAACUGGAUGCCUGGAGCCUGGCUGUGGCAAGUUCUAGACUCUGGCCUUGGCCUUCCCUAUGCUCAAGGACACCUCCUGGGAAGCCUGGGGGACACCCUGACUCUCAUGUCCUAGUAGAGUUGUGAUUUCUGGGGCUCCUGCACCCCAAUAUUACCUCUUGGGAGGCUACGCAUGCAUAGAAAGGCUCCCUGCACUCCCAUUCAUACCCUGGUUAGGGGCUAGGAAGCAGGGGUGGUGGACAUAGAGGACCCUGUGGAUGAAAUGAAGACAUCAGAUGCCUGCUCACACCUAACCACCCUCUGGUCUAUGUGCCCAGUUCACCUGGGAACCCUGAUAAGAUAAUCCCAGGCCCUUACUGUCAGCCAACAGGAGGGACUGAGUCCCCACUUUACCUGCCUGGCUCCAGGAUCAAGGCCAUCCCAUAUCCCUGACCACCCCAAUAAGAGUCUCAGAAAGCUGGCCAGUCAAUCUGAAGGGUAGCUAGGGCCAUCUGACCUGGAGGGGUGGGGCCAAGGGCAGGAUCCAGAGGCAGGAAAAAGGAGGAUGUGAGGAAAGCAGGGGCUGGGGAAAGACAGGAGGAGGGGACUCCUCCCACGCGCUCCCACCCUCCCCAGCCCCUACCUGUGGCAUGCACCCCAUUUCCACAGGACCCUUUGGCCCUCAGCAGACUCUGACCCUACUGGGCUCCAGCCUAGCAUGCUGGGAGAAUCACAACUCAUUCACAUCAGACCUAGUCCACCACCUACCAGUCUAUCCAGCACCACCCCCUACCAGUCCCUGCCCUUCUGGGGCUGCCUGCCAUGAGGUCAUUCCUCCACACUGCACUCUAGAACAGAACAGGCCAUAUGGCCCAGGGCCCUCCACACUGCAUCCCACCUUACGCUGACCCUUGGGGGCUCUGCAUAUGUGAACUUCUCUUGUCCCCAAGUCCUUCUCAUCCUCAAGAUAACCUCCCCACAGAGCUCAGUGCUGGGCUCUCAGUUGCCCAGUAGCAGGGCUGAGGGACACCAAAGGCUGAGCAGAGACUGGGACUACUGGAAGACUUCCAAGAGGACGGAGUGUGCCCCAGCCACUCUAUGCACCCCAAGGUUCGUCCCAGACAGGAUCUCCUCCAGGACAUUGAGUGCCCCUCAGAUGGGCUGGCAGGGCCACAGGCACUUCACUACAUUGCACAGAUGAAGAAACUGAAGUCACAGACCCCACUGAAGGGACGCACACUGCCCUGAUUCAGUUGUAACAUAGCCUGCUGACCCUAAGCCUCUAGCCCUGGCUUUGCUGUCUGCAGCUGGGAGCUGCAUACCCAGUCUCCAGUGCUGCUGGACUUCAUGACCCCUGAACACAGACCUCAGCCAUAUCCC